AUGUAUAAAAGUGAUAAUCCAAAUUCAGAUGCUAUAGAUCAAGAAUUUAUGUUUUGGAGAAGAAAAUGGUCUGCUAUUAAACCUGAAGAUAGGCCUAAUACUCUAACCAUUAAAAUCUGGGAUGAAAAUCAAUAUCCUAAUCUCUUUGAGCUUCUAAAGAUUGGAUGUACACUACCCGUAACGUCCGCAGAAUGUGAACGCAGCUUUUCAGCAAUGCGAAAAUUAAGAACAUGGUUAAGAGCCAGUAUGACUGCAGAUAGACAUGGUUCAUUAGCCAUCAUGAAUACCUACUACAAUUAA